AAAAAGAAUUGAAAAAGUGCAAAUAAUUGUGUGUAAAUGUGCCAAAACAAUAAUUGUGCAAAAAAGCGUAGUGAGUGUAACACUUGCAAAAAAGUAGCAAGCAGACAGCUCAAUUAACUGCAAAAAGUAACGGUCAGCUGAAGUGUGUGUGUGUGCUAGUGUGUGUGCGUGAAAGAGAUAGCAAGCGACUAAUUGUUGAAUACUGCAAACACACACGAAAGUUAAAGUGAAAGCAAAAGUGACUUAUUCUAGCUUUAAACUGCAACAAAUACUAAGCGUGGAAAAAAACUAGAGACAGCAGCAACAUUGGCGUCGCACAAGUUUAAAGGGACAAAGACGCUUAAGCAGCUUGGAGAGUCACACAAGAAAUCAGCACGAAAGUUCGCGCAGCAACUUGGAGCGACUAAAGUGUUUGUUGUUUAAUAGUUGAAAUCAAAGCGUUAGGGUAUGACAAUGUCGACGCUGUGGCAACUGAAGCACAAGCUCAACAUGCGCACGACGGCUGUCAAAAUGAAGAUGCCGUCAAUCAGUGCCACAAACAGUUGCAAACCGGAAACAGCAGCCAAUUGACAACGACUACAGCGACGACGACGACGACGACAAAUCCGUGCAGUGAACAGCAAACUAAGCUAAUCAAAAACAAAUCGCGUUUUCUAUAUAUUUACUUUUACAUUUUUGUCGGUUCCUUGAUGAGCUACAUUAGAGCUACUAUGCGGCUUCAGCAGCAGCAGCAGCAGCAGCAGCAGCAGCAGCAGCAGCAACAACGACAAGAGCUAAGGGCAACGGAAACGGAAACCCAAAACCAGAACGAAAGCGAGCAGCGCAGCAGCUUUGGCAGUUUGCAACUUCGCACAGGAAUUUGCAUUAUAAGACUGAUAACAUUAAAGAGAUUUCUACAGAUUUUGGCAAUGCCAACAAAAGCAGCAGCAGCAGCAGCAACAGCAACAACAGCAACACACAAUCAGCAGCAACAGACGCUGGCACAAUCAGCUUAUGGCAAGCGCCAUUUGGUAGUCGCCUGCUGGCGCCAUCAGCGCUGCAGCAGCGCUUGGCUGUUGCUUAUGCUGCUGCUGCUCUCCGCCUCGCUCUGGCCGGACUGCGAGUGCCUGCAUGGCGCCAAGCCGAGCGAGAAUACCGUUAAAACCAAAUACGGACUGCUGCGUGGUCUGGUCGUCCGCUCAACGCCGCUCGUCGAGGCAUUCCUAGGCAUACCGUAUGCCUCGCCACCAGUGGGCAGUCUCAGAUUUAUGCCACCCAUAACGCCAUCGACAUGGAAAACUGUACGCAAUGCGGAUCGAUUUUCCCCCGUCUGUCCACAGACCGUGCCCAUACCGCCCAAUGGACCGGAGGCGUUGCUCGAGGUGCCGCGGGCACGUUUAGCACAAUUACGGCGUUUGCUGCCGCUGCUUAAGAACCAAUCGGAAGACUGCUUAUAUCUAAAUAUCUAUGUGCCCUAUGAAUUGCAGCGACUGAAACCCGAUGCAACCACAACAGCAACAAAUUCCAGCACAAAUCAACUGCUCUCCACCAUUGUGUUUAUACACGGUGAAUCCUACGACUGGAACAGUGGCAAUCCCUAUGAUGGCUCCGAGCUGGCCGCCCAUGGCAAUGUCAUUGUGGUGACAAUCAAUUUUCGUCUUGGCAUUUUCGGUUUCCUUAAAACGGGCGGCAAGGAGAGCGCCCAAGGCAAUUUCGGUUUAAUGGAUCUGGUGGCGGGUCUGCAUUGGCUCAAGGAGAAUCUGCCAGCGUUCGGUGGUAACUCGCAGAGCAUUACCUUGUUGGGCUAUGACACAGGCGCUGCCUUGGCCAACAUAUUGGCCGUGUCACCAGUGGCAAGUGAUCUUAUGCAGCGUGCUGUUUUGAUAAGCGGCACAGCCUUAUCGCCUUGGGCUAUACAAAAGAAUCCGCUGUUUGUCAAGCGUCGCGUGGCGGAGCAAACUGGCUGCCAUGGUGACAUGCUCUAUGAUGAUCUGGCGCCUUGUCUACGCACCAAAAGCGUUGACGAACUGCUGGCCGUUAAGAUUGAUCAUCCACGUUUUCUUGUUGGCUUUGCUCCAUUUGUGGAUGGCACGGUAAUCUCACCCAGCAAUGAAGGCAUGUCCAGCACGACGCUGCCGCUGGGCUCAGCUAUUGUUAGUACUUCUGGAAUUGAAUACGCAAACUUUCCCAAGCGUGAUCUUAUCUUUUGCCUCACCUCUGUCGAAUCCUAUUUGGAUCUGAGCGCACAGGACUUGGAGUUUGGCUUCAAUGAAACGCGACGUGAUCGCAUUUUACGCACUUUUGUGCGCAAUAUCUUUCACUAUCAUUUAAAUGAAAUAUUUGCUGUGCUUAAGAACGAGUACACAGACUGGGAGAAGGCCAUAAGGAAUCCGUUGAGUUCACGCGAUGCCACGCUGCAGUUCCUGAGCGAUGGCCACACCGCGUCGCCGCUAAUUAAAUUGGGUUACAUGCAUAGCUUGCGUGGAGGACGCACAUAUUUUUUGCACUUUAAGCAUCGCACGCUGGAGGAGGAGUAUCCACAGCGCACGGGCUCGGUGCGUGGCGAGGAUGUGCCUUUCUGGCUGGGUUUGCCCACUUCGCCGCUGUUUCCACACAACUAUACCAACCAGGAGCGACAGAUUGGACGUCUCAUGCUGCGCUAUCUGGCCAACUUUGCCAAGACUGGCAAUCCGAAUCACUCGUCGCCAGCUGGCGGCACUGCCAGUGCAACUCGCAAGCGCUCUGCACCUAGGGCUGACGCCUCCUCCUCCUCCUCCUCCUCUUCAUCAUCGCUCAAUCUGGCAGUCAUCUAUAAUCAGCGUCGAGCCAAUGCGAUGCAUGAGAAGCGCACUUACUUUCGUCGUCGUCUGCGCAGCUCGUCUGAUACCAGCUCCAGCGCAGUUAGCACGGAAGUCGAGCCGGAGCCAGAGCACGGCGGUUAUAAUGAUGACGAGCUGCCCUUUUGGGAUGCCUAUGAUGUGGUUAAUCAAUUGUAUAUGGAGCUGGGCAACAUGGCCAAGGUGAAAAGUCAUUUUCGUGGACAUAAGCUGUCCAUGUGGCUUAAUUUGAUUCCUCAGCUGCAUCGCCAUUUCAAUAUCAAUGAUCAGUCCAUGCGACAUCAUCAGUUUCAAGAUGAUAUCAAUAAUCGUGAUCUAUAUGAAGGCGUGGUGCGACCUCAGCUACAAAUCAAGCCGACGGACGAUGACAAUAUCAUAAUUAUACAGACCACCAGAACCACAACGACAUCUGCUCCGCCGCCAGCGCCCACGUUGCCAACCGCAAAGCCCAACAGUUCAAAUGGCACAAAUCCAAUGAAUAUAAUUGGUAGUUAUGCUACAACAGAGUGUGGCAUUGAUGGUGCCAUGUCCGUGUCGGAGCUGACCACAACGCAAGCACCGCAGGAUAAUCGCAGCGCCAACACGCGCCAGGAGACGCACAAGGAUCUAGCCACCGCCUCUACGGGCAUUAUGGGCAAUCUGGAGCUGCUGCGUCGUCUGAGCGGCAAACAGUUCCAAAGCUAUACGACUGCUUUGAUUGCUACUGUGGCCGUGGGCUGCUUUCUGCUCAUACUCAAUGUGCUCAUUUUUGCGGGCAUUUAUCAUCAGCGCGAGAAGCGCGCACGCGAUGCCAAAACCAAAGAGGAGCUGCAGGAGAGCGACAAUAGCAAAAACUCCAGCAUGCUGAAGUUAAAUGCAGCUGCAGGCGGCGCAGAUGCAACCGAUGCGUAUACGCUCAGUGGCGAUAGCAAGAGCAUGGGCAUGGUUUUUGGCGAAUACAGUUGCUACGAUGAAAAGACCAAGCAGCUGAAGGAGGAGCAGCUGCUGGUGGAGUUGCCGCCAGCGCCAGCAGCAGCCGCAACAGCAACAGGUCAAACAACAUUGCUACUCGAUAACUGGGAUGCUGCCUGCUCCACCAGCACACUGGAUCUGCUCAAGACACGCAGCUCAGCGCCUAUCGAACUGGUGCAAUAUAACACGCUGCCCACAGUGCUGGAGUCGUUGAGUUCCGCGCCCAGCAGCAAACGUGGCAGCUUUGUGGGCAAUUUGGGCUUUGACUUUGACUACGCAGUGCAAUCCUCGGAUCAAAUGAGCUUCAAGGCCAUAGAGGAGGCUGUCAAGGCUGCCUCGAGUGAAACACAGCUUACGCAUGACGAUGACAUACCCGAACCGCCGCCGCCUCCGCGCUCCUUUCUAGCAGCCCAGCACCAACAACAACAACAACAACAGCAGCAGCAGCAGCAGCAAGGCAUCCUGCGCUCCAGUGGCAAUCCAGGCAGCUCUAAGAAACGUGUACAUAUACAGGAAAUCUCGGUCUAAACUUAACUUGCUUUAACCACUCACUUAACUUUCCACUAGUUUCUAUUCACACUCAGACUUUAACUAAUUUUAUGAAUUUCAUUUCCAACACCUCUGUCGCCUCUUGUAUGUUUUAUAAUUAAAUAAGUAUUAAUAAUAUAUAUAUG